AUGUCUAAUCAUAAGAGCACUGAAUCAGCCAUCAAGAAUCUGGAAAUCCAAGUGGGUCAGCUGACCAAGCAAAUAGCUGAGAGUUCUUCUGGAGGUUUUGGAGCUAACAUUGAGAAAAUUCCUAAAGAAAAGUGCAAGGCUGUUAUGAUCAGAAGUAGAAUGGAGCAAAGAGAUAGUGAGGAGGAGAAAAAUUCUAAGAGUGAACUGGCUAGAGAUAAGAGGAAGGAGGCUGUCCCAAGUUCUGGAAGGGAAGCACCAUAUCCUUUGGUGUCGUCUAAGAAGGAUAAGGAACGACACUUUGUUCGUUUCCUUGAUAUUUUCAAGAAAUUGGAGAUUACUAUUCCGUUUGGAGAAUCCUUGCAACAGAUGCCACUGUACUCAAAAUUUCUCAAAGAUUUGCUGACCAAGAAGGGCAAAUACAUCCACAGUGACAACAUUGUGGUGGAAGGAAAUUAUGGUGUUGUCAUUCAAAGGAUCCUUCCACCAAAAUAUAAGGAUCCAAGGAGUGUUACCAUUCCUUGCUCAAUUGGUGUUCUGUCAGUUGGAAAGCUGGCAGAUCGCUCAAUCACAAGGCCAUAUGGUAUAGUGGAGGAUGUAUUGCUCAAGGUGCGUCAAUUCACUUUCCCUGCAGAUUUUGUGAUCAUGGACAUUGAAGAGGAUGCUGAGAUUCCAUUGAUUCUAGGUCGUCCAUUCAUGUUAACAACCAAUUGUGUGGUUGACAUGAGGAAGGGUAACCUUGAGAUGAGCGUAAAUGAUCAGAAGGUUGCUUUCAAUUUGUUUGAUGCAGUGAAACACUCAAAUGAUCAAAAUGUCUAUUCCAAGGUGGAGAAGAUUGAGAAUGAGAUAGCUCUUGUGGCCAGGGCUAAGGUGUUACAGGAUCCCUGA